CUCCGGCGGCUGCGGGGGCGAAGCUUCCUCCGGCGGGGGCCUUCGCGUCGGCGGCCGCGGGGCCUCUCCUGCGCGCCCAGGGUCACCGUCCCCGAAGCCCGGCGGCGCGGCCCUCGUCCCCUCCCCGCCCCCCCAUCCGUCUCCUUCUCGCUCCCUUCAGCCUCCCUCCUCGCCACCGCCUCUGCCGUUCCUCAGGCGGCCCGGCCCGGCCCGCCCGCCCCGCGUCCCCUCCGGCCGGUGCCUCUCCCCCCGGCGGGCUGCCUGCAUGUCUUUGCUGCCCUCAGCCCCGCCGCCACCGCCGCCGCCGCCUCCCCCGCCGCCGCAACACCAGCACCAGCCGCCCCGCCGCCGCCGCCGCCGCCGCCGCCCGGACCCCGGCGCGCUGAAUGCAGACUAAUAGGGAUGCCAAAGGAAAAAUAUGAUCCUCCAGAUCCUCGCAGAAUUUAUACCAUCAUGUCAGCAGAGGAGGUAGCCAAUGGGAAAAAAUCUCACUGGGCCGAAUUAGAAAUCUCGGGUAGAGUGCGGAGCUUAAGUACAUCACUUUGGUCAUUGACACACUUGACAGCGCUGCACCUAAAUGACAAUUACCUUAGUCGCAUUCCACCUGAUAUUGCCAAGCUUCAUAAUCUGGUUUACCUGGAUCUGUCAUCCAAUAAACUCAGAAGUUUACCAGCAGAACUAGGAAACAUGGUGUCUCUCAGGGAAUUGCUUUUAAAUAACAAUCUGUUACGGGUUUUGCCUUAUGAACUUGGUCGGCUCUUCCAGCUACAAACUCUAGGUUUGAAAGGCAAUCCUUUAUCACAGGAUAUUCUCAAUUUAUACCAGGACCCAGAUGGAACCCGAAAGCUACUGAACUUCAUGCUUGACAAUCUUGCAGUUCAUCCAGAGCAGCUUCCUCCGAGGCCAUGGAUUACAUUAAAAGAACGAGACCAAAUUCUGCCAUCAGCAUCAUUCACGGUUAUGUGUUACAAUGUGUUAUGUGAUAAAUAUGCCACCCGGCAGCUAUAUGGCUAUUGCCCAUCCUGGGCGUUAAACUGGGAAUACAGGAAAAAGGGAAUUAUGGAAGAAAUUGUUAACUGUGACGCAGAUAUCAUUAGUCUUCAGGAAGUGGAAACAGAGCAAUACUUCACUCUCUUUCUGCCAGCAUUGAAGGAGCGUGGAUAUGAUGGAUUUUUUUCUCCAAAGUCACGUGCCAAAAUCAUGUCUGAGCAGGAGAGAAAGCAUGUGGACGGUUGUGCAAUAUUCUUCAAAACAGAAAAAUUUACAUUGGUGCAGAAGCAUACAGUGGAAUUUAACCAAGUGGCAAUGGCUAAUUCAGAUGGAUCCGAAGCUAUGCUGAACAGAGUGAUGACAAAAGAUAAUAUUGGCGUCGCUGUGGUAUUAGAGGUCCACAAAGAACUAUUUGGAGCAGGUAUGAAGCCUAUUCAUGCUGCAGACAAACAGCUGCUUAUAGUGGCAAAUGCCCACAUGCAUUGGGACCCAGAGUAUUCUGAUGUGAAACUCAUCCAGACCAUGAUGUUUGUGUCAGAGGUUAAAAACAUUCUGGAGAAAGCCUCUAGUAGGCCUGGCAGCCCAACCGCAGAUCCUAAUUCCAUCCCGCUGGUGCUAUGUGCAGAUCUUAACUCAUUGCCAGAUUCAGGUGUUGUGGAAUAUUUGAGCAAUGGAGGAGUAGCUGACAACCAUAAAGACUUCAAGGAACUAAGGUACAAUGAGUGUCUUAUGAACUUCAGCUGCAAUGGAAAGAAUGGAAGCUCAGAAGGGAGAAUCACACAUGGCUUCCAACUGAAGAGCGCCUAUGAAAAUAACUUGAUGCCUUACACCAAUUACACCUUUGAUUUCAAAGGCGUGAUUGACUACAUUUUCUAUUCCAAGACUCAUAUGAACGUGCUUGGUGUCCUGGGGCCUUUAGAUCCUCAAUGGCUGGUUGAGAACAACAUCACUGGGUGUCCACACCCUCACAUCCCUUCAGACCACUUCUCACUGUUAACACAACUUGAACUCCACCCUCCACUCCUGCCUCUUGUUAAUGGUGUUCACUUGCCUAAUCGGAGGUAGUGGAGUACUGCCCCGCAAAGACGGGGAUCUGUUGCUAUGGACCUGUACAGUUGUAAAUCAAAGUAUGUAGGAGUGAAGUAUGGCCAUUCUUAAGCUGCUUCUUCAGGUUUCUUUCAUUAUGUGUUUGCUAUGAAAUUCUGUACAUUUUUGUGCAUAUUGGUAUCAUUUGGCACUAGGGCUGGAACCAAAGUAUUAUUCUCUUUCCAGAUUUUUAGUUUAAUGUGUUUUUAAAUUGGACUUCAUAGGAGUCAGCAUUCAAAAUUGAUAAAUCAACGUUUCGAGGCCCAACAACAGUGUAUUUGUUUUUGCAAAACAAAUGCUUUCUUUUGAAUGGUUUCAAAUGAGCCAACCGUUUUUGUAAAAGGCAAUUUUUAAAAACUAUAAGAUUUUAAAGUGAAGGAUGGCAUGCCUUGCAGGGGAAACUUUCUUGAAUUUCUGUUUUCCAUUAUAACAAACUGAUUUUUGGCUCCCCAAGUCACUUGCACAUUAAUAAAGCACUUAAAUUUACCAGAUCUGUACAUAAACUAUGAUAUAGCCUUUAGCCGUAAUAAGAAAAAUUAAGAAAUUAAAGAUGGUUGCACAAUAUGCUUUCAAAAUCAAGCAUUUAACAGUACAUGACAGUUUGUUGGGCAAAUGCUGGUUGUUUUUUUUGAGGAAUCACUCUGUAUUUUGUUCCCCCAUUAGUUAUAACCUUAUUAGAAGUAUAAAUUGUAAGCCUGUCUCUCCAGUUUAUGUAUAGGGAAAUAGUGGGUAAUUUCAACUACCACACAUCUUGAAAAUAGAAUUUUGUAUAUUUAGGAUGCCCACAAAUUAGUGUCCAGUAUUUUUCAUUAUUCGCAUCUACACUAUUCUGCCCGAUUGUGCUGGAAAAACAAAUAUUAUAUGAUCUGUAUAAUUUUUGCUCUUAUAGUCAAAUGUUAAAAAAUAACUACUGAAUGAAAAGGCCCUGAUCAAAAUUUUAGAAGGAGAAGGCUAUACAAAUAUUUCAUGUGUUUCCCAAAGUAGGUCAAGUGGCUGUUGGUUUUGACUUUUGGAGGUGACAAUGGAAAGAAUUUGGAGGAGAGAGAACAGGGAGUAGUUGAAAACCUUGGAUCAUUUUUCCUGGCUCUAGUUGCCAAAUGGCCAUUAUAUGCUUUUAAUCUUUGUUUCCGUUGUCUGUCAGGGUUGAAUUAAGAAGCUACUGGUUUAUUCCCAACUGUUGAUGCUCUUUAGAUAUGUUGGAAUCCUUUUUUUGCCCAGGAGGGGCCAGUUGAAAAUCUGUGACUCAAGAGGCAGUGAACGUAGUAUCGUUUUCUAGGGGAAAAAUUGGUUGGCUACUUGAUGUUAAUUAUGGCACAGGAACAGGAAAAGGUUGUGUCUGUGUUUUUAAGUUUUUCUUUAUUCUGCUUUUUUGCUGCUAUAAGAGUUUUCUGAAAUUUAUAUUUUAAACUUUUCAUGCACUUUACUGUUUCUAGUCUCAAAAUGUGAUAUUUUUAAUAAACAAAUUUUCCAUUA